CUGGGGACAACAUUGGACGUAACACACAACACUGGCUCUUCCUCAAACCAGUGCAAUGUUAAGACAGCUCUGCCUCUGCUUUGACAAUUGGCUGUAAACUGGAAACACUAAACGGAUACCUGCUGUAAGAGGUGAUCAACAUGUCUUCUGAGGAGGAGACUUCUCAGAAUUCGUCUUCUUCUUGCACUCCCCCUCGCUCUUCCUCCCCCUCCUCACUUCCCCCUGCCUCCCACUUCAUCGGGAAGAAGGAGGACAUUGUCAAAGACGGGCGCAUGACGAAGGUGGUGAAUGGAUGCAGAGAUAUACUGGUUCUGCACCACCAGGGGCAGCUUCAUGCAAUGGACACACGCUGCUACCACUCAGGUGGUGCAUUACAGUAUGGAGACAUUGAAGAGUUUAAUGGGCGGCUGUGUAUCGUGUGUCCGUGGCAUAAGUACAAGAUCACACUAGCAGAAGGGGAAGGGCUUUACCAAGCUGUGGAAGAUCCUACAGCCAAACCCCUGAGAACACACUGGCGCUCCAAGGGUGUCAAACAGAGGAUUCACAAGGUCACUGAGGUCAAAGGGAAUGUAUACGUAACACUGAACGACUCUAGUGAGGCCAUCCAGUCAGAUGUCUACCAGACUGAGAGAUAUAGGACUGGCUUACUCAAGGCUGAGCCAAAACCCAUGGCCAGGAAAUAACCAGAGACUAAAGGAUUUCUUAGAGGUGGUGGAUUACUCAAACACAAAUACUGGAAUGCUUCAAGGAAAAUGUUAGAAGUUUGUUGUCUUUCAUUGGAAAGCAUAUCAAACCUUUCAGAAUCUGUUUGUCUCAAUAAUAAUUAGCAUAAAACUGUUACUAAGUGUAUGAGCCGGUAAGCCUGUAAGAUUUAUACAAGUCAAUCUAUGAUGGACAUAAACAUCUGACAAUGAUGCAUAAACCACUGUAGUAGAAUCAAUAUAGGACAUUCAAACAGCAGUUGAAGGAUGUGGGUCAUUUUAGUGCUGAUUUUUUUGCUUCAAGUAGACAUCCAUAAACAUUUAGAGUUUUGUGCUGUUUACAUUCACUGUUCAGUACUGUACUCUUGCUCUAAUGGACACUGUUUUUGCAAGAACAGAAAACAGGGCAUUACUGAAGACAUUGAACAAAUAAGUAGGUAUGAUUAAUAAAUGCAUUCAAUUACUGUAGUUUAUUCUAACACCUGAUUUAGCAGUUUUUUUAUACUGAACUGGGUCUUCUACAGAAUAUUGUGGUUUCUAAUUAUUAAAUGUUACAAAUAAACUGUUUAUUUUUGGUAGA